GUGAGCUGUCUCUGCUUCUGCCGCCGCGCCAACGCUCUCUUCGGGAGACGACACUUUCUAAGCGUCGUCGUGCACGACAGCUGCCGAAUGGUGUAACAAGCAUUUCACCCACAUUCACGCCGUGGUAUCCGGUGAGCUCCGUGGGCCAGCUGCUAUGAGCCGAAGCCCGUUCUCCGCCCAAGCGCUGUGGAGCUGCGUUUGCUUGGCAGUGCUGCUCGGUUCCCUGCUCACUGACGCUGAGCUGGACUGCAGGAAGUACCCGUUUUACUACAAGUGCCGGGGUAUCAGUGCCAAGCGCUCAUAUGUACCAUACAGCAAGGCUGAGCCAGUGUCUCUGAAGGAGCUGUACAACGACGACGACGAGCCGAAGAACAAGCAGAAAACGCCGGAGGCGGUGCUAGCCUGGAUCCGCGACAGGUACGGCGACGAGGCUCUCGACGCGUACGACCGGCGACAACUCACCGAGGCCUCGUUCGAGAGGAAGCCGGUCUUCUGAAGGCCCACCAUGCCCACCCUCCUCCUCCCCGCCACACGCCCGCACGGGGGCGCCGCCUCUCACCCGGAAACCGGCGCCACCUGCUAGACCACGUGUCCAUGCGAUUUGCCCAAAUAAAGGCCCUCCGGGCCCCAUAGCUGCCCCGGUCCCACUUUGGUUACGUCCAGUGCGUAUUAUAUAGCGUGCCAGUACCCGGACACCGGACGACGUGUUCGCUGUUAAUCACGUAUGUGUGUGUCGUAUAUGUGCGUGAACCUGGCAUUGAAACUAUUUCGAUGAGCCAGACGCUUGACCUUGUUGCCCGCCCGUUCUAUUUCCUCGCAGUGUCUUUCUUCUCUCCGAAGCGGUACUUUCACCAGGAUCCUCCCGGGUUGUGUAUUUUGAAAGUGUUCGUUACGAUCACUCAGAUUCAAACGUAAAUUAGAUCUAGCGGCGGUACAGUGUAUUCGCGACAAUGCGCUUAAAACAUAUUAAAUAAUGAUGCACCUCUUGUAUACUGCAAGGCGUCAAUCACGACUCAAUAAACUAAUUAGUGCAUUAAGACACGGAUGAUUCACGAUGGUAAAUUAUUUUGUUAAUUGACUGGACUUUCGUCCUCUCUUAACAUAACUUGGAAAGUGCGAGAAAUAUCAGUUGCGCUUAAGCGAACUGCGAAUGUGCUUGCAGUGCUGAUUCCUUUAUCGUUGUUGGUAGCGGAAAAAUUUUCAGGAGGUAAACGGCUGCUAUACAUGCAUACUUCCCUUUCGGCAUUAAUUGGUGAGCCAUCAAUACACACAAGAAAAAUAAAUAAAAUGACGCAGCAGGCAGACUACAAGAAGGUACGUAAGAAUCACAGCAGAGCGAAGCUUUCUGGAUCUGGAGAAAUGUUCUAUGACCUUAAUACAGUCAACAAAUGAGAUUCUUAACGACUUCCAGGUAAGAGCUGGUAUACGCACCAGAUGCAAGAUGAAUUAUAAAACAACAUAGCGUACAUAGGAUAUAUAUCAGGUGCACUGGAAAUAUUUAAAGUCGGUGCAUCAAGCUACGUGAAACAAUCAGGAAACGCUAAAUAAUCAUUCUCGGACAGCGAAAGGUUUGCUCCUUUAAUUGUUUGAUUCUUGUUUUUCGUCCACGAAGCCACUUUUCCACUUUUCCUUUUUCAUCUGCAGUAAACUGUAGUUGUUCUUAGUAUACACCGUAUCGCCUACCAUACGUAGUCAGUACAAAUAACAGAAGACAAGAAAAAGAAUGACUUCUUUUGAUACCCUACUCGGUUAAAGACUCACAGGUCGAAAAUUAAGUUUCGUGCGUUAGAUUGGGGGG